AUUGGGUUUGGCCCAAUCAACCAACUACAAAAGCGAACACAAAACCCCAGUAUUUCCCAAGCGAAAGCCGUUUUCUUCUCUUGGUUCGCUGCGGAUUGAGAAAUCCCAUCUGAAACCCGGACACCAACAACAAAGGAAUGAGCAGAUCACAAGGGCCUUCAGCCCUUAAACGGAAGCGCUUGGAUUCGCAAUCUGGAUCUUUGACAGAGCAUGAAAGCAAACUCUAUGAUGCCAUCCGCAGCAAGACAGAUAUGGGCAUGUCUCUACAAGACUUGAGGCGAGAAACAGGACUCCAGAACAAUUUAUUUACCAAGGCCAUCAAAACACUUCAAGCCAAACAACUGAUAAAAGAGGUUAAAAAUUUUGAAAACAAGACGAGGAAACAUUACAUGGCUACAGAGUUUGAGCCCUCGAAGGAGAUAACUGGUGGUGCUUGGUAUGAUAAUGGACAGUUUGAUACCGAGUUUAUAAAGGUUGUAAAAAGAGAGUUGGUGAAGGUCAUUUAUGAUCAGGAGAAUGCUACCUUGGCGGAAAUUUCUCAAGCAAUUAGAAUGAAGAAUUUUCUAACUGUUAACUUAUCCGACCAGGAAUUGAAGCAGAUUCUGGAUGCUUUGGUUUUGGACAAUGAGGUCCUGAAGGUGGUGAGCACUGGGAUGGGGGGUUAUAAAGCUGGGAAAGAGUGUUAUAAGUGCUGCAAGAGAAGGGAACCAAACUUAGCGUCCAUGGCUUCCAUUCCAUGCGGAGUCUGUCCGCGUAUUAACCAAUGUACCCCAGAUGGCAUUAUUUCCCCAACCACCUGUGAAUACUUUAAAAAAUGGUUGGAGUUCUGAACUGACAUGCUCUCAAUGCUUUUGGAGGUUUUCCUUCUAUCGCCUAAGAUGAAGUUCUGCAGAAGCUCGGUGCCUCUAAUUCUUUUUGCUUAUGAAGUUUAAGACAUCAUAAUGUCUCUUUGUAUAUGAAUCUCUUUGUACUUGUUUCAAUUUUCAAGUCGGGUUGAAUUUUCAAUGAAAGUUAUAAUCUUUAUGAAUCAACCUUCAGUUAAGUUAAUUUAAUAACUGCAGAGUUGGUUUCCUA